UCAUCUGUUAUUUUGCUUUCAUUAGUAACUCCAUCAUUUUCAUCAUCAACUUUCUCUCUUCCCUGUAUAUGAAAAGUCCAUCAUGAUCUGUCUGUUCCAAUGCCACCAUAUUAAGGGUUAAAAUAACAAUAAUUGCCCUGAUGGUGAUCGUGUGGAAGAGAUAGUCUGGCCACCCUAUGGAAGAGACUGGUCCUAUCUACAGUCAAUAAUUGAACUCACUGGAGCGGAGGAGGUGGCCAGUAAAGGGACCAUAGCAUCACUAGUGUCCAGUGUCAAUGAAUAUAUUAAUAAUAAAUCUAACAUGGAGGACACUGUCAAAAGUGAGCAUGAUUGCAGACAACUGGUGAAGGACUUAAGGAAACAAUUGGUUGAAGUGAAAAGAGAAAAAGAAGAACAAAUCACAAAAUUAGAUGAAGAUGUUGCUCACUGCAAGGAUCAGUUACAAGAACUUAAAGCUUGUACCGGACUACUUAAUAAAUACAUUAAAAAACAAUCAGACGUCAAAGUUCAGUGCAGUCAGAGACAGCAGCAGAAUAAAGAGUCUGACCUUUAUAACGAGAGGGAGAGACUGAAACAAGAACUAGCAGAAGAGAAGAGAGCACAUGCUGAGAUUGAAAACUACAUGUACCUCAAGAAACACAUUGAA